AUGUCUGGCGGCCAGGGCUCAACGAGACGGCCGCAGCGCUCGGGAGGCGGCGGCACGAUGCCCGCCAACGGCUUCACGUACAUCGGCGGCGACGGCCGCGCCCACCAGCCCCAUCAACCGCUCACGCUGAACAACGGCGCGCCCGCCCACCAUCUCAACAACGGCUCACUGAGGUCCCUGCCGGACAAGAAGAGCAACCGCAACGGCGUCGUGUGCCACCCGGAGAACUUCCAGCGUAACCUGGACUCGCGCUAUUCGCGGAAGCAGGAGAACGGCAACGGCUACCUGCGCAACUCCGAGACCAUAAUCGGCUUCCCGCGGGACCGGGACAGAAAUUACGACCGGCAGCUGUCGGACUACAGCGAGCCGGAGUACUCCAUCAUUCAGGAGGGCUACGGGCGGCCAACCGAGGAGUACCCGCGCUCGUGCAGCCACUCCAACACCUUCAACUGU